GCCCGUAUAUUGACCUUGUAUAUAUUUUAUUCUUCAUUACUCGUACAUAAUUUUUCGAAUCAGAUCUCCUUUCUCAUACAAUUUCUUUUCUUAAUUGAUACCUUUCAGUAUAUACAAUUUCUACGACGCUUACGAGUCACGAAUUCUUCCUUCCAUUCAAAUUUUAUAAAAUGACAUCACCAGCGACAACGGCAGAAUCAGCAUCCAAUGACGGGCAAUUGUCCUUGAAAAGAUUCUCUAAUCUGACAUUGAAGUUAGAUACCCCGAAAGGUCGCGGAGUAUUCAGCACAGUUGAUAUUGCCAGAGGUACUGUCAUUGAUAUUUCUCCUGUCCUGAUUCUCGAGCCCGAGGAUAAAGCUUUGGAGAGUAAACAAUUAUAUAACUAUACGUAUAAUUGGCCGUAUUCUGAAGGAGAAACCGGGAAAACAACAAUGAGACAAGCAGUGAUACUAGGUCUUGGCUCAAUGUUUAAUCAUUCCAACUUCGCCCAGAAUGUUGGGUUUACACGUGAUCCAUCAAAGUUGGUCAUCGUUUAUACGGCUUUACGAGAUAUAAAAGCCGGAGAAGAGCUUUGUAUAUCGUAUGGCUCGAGACUGGCUUUCAGGGAUGCAGAUGAAGAUAAAUAUCUCAGCGACCCAGAAGAGGGAAAUGAUCUUUUAAGCAAGAUUGAAUUAGACGAUUAGAUUUUUCCAUUUUUUGACUACUAACGUCAACUCUUAGCUGUAGCAUUUAAAUAAAACAGAAUUUAAGUUUGGGCCUUCAUCCUUCCCAAGAAAAAGUCACGAAACACGAGCAAUAUUCUCCAGGCUCUCCUGCAGUUGCGAGCUGAUGGAGUUCAAAGCGCCUCAAUCGGAUUGAUCGAAGGCUGCAAAUAUUAUCAGUACAAUGAAUGCAAUAAAAAGACCGCUGAGUCUUGACAGAAGAAUGAGCCACGGGAACAAUAUUCUUUU